GAAAAUAAGAUUUAAUGUGGACAGUGUCAAAAUUGAAUGAUAAGCAUUGCAUUCGUGUGUAAACGUCUAUUUGUUUAAAUCAAUUUAAUAUUAUUUAUUUGUUUAUAUUUAUAUAAUAUUUUGAAGUUAAACAAAAAACUUUACAUUUAUCGUGCAGUGUAGUGCGAUCCUCGGUUAUAUUUCAUAAAAUUUCGGUUACCAUUUAUUCAGUUUUAAUUGGAUUUCAUGAACAAUGGGAAAUUUCGCCAGUACACGGAAGUCGCCAACAAAUACAAACAACAUACUAAAUAAUAAGCUUGGAGGGAAGAAAUCGGAAAAAUUGGAUGUAUUUGACGGUAUUGUUGAGAGCAGUAGCGGUAAAGAAGAUUGUGCAAAAAUACCUAGUGACAAAUCGGAGAACGUCAAUUCAACAACAAAAGUUGGCAUUGUAAAGAAUUCUACAGAAAAACAACAGGAAAAGAAAGCAAACAAUUCAGAGAAAUCCGAGAUAUCAUCGUCCAGCGAUAAUCUACCCUCUCCAAAUACAGUUCUUCCUGAUAUCGUAAAUGUGCAGCCUAAUGUUAUAAGUACCGCUACAGAUACUGAUGACAGCUUAAUUCAGUCCUUAACUUCAAAUUUAACUGGCUUACAGAUCGGUACACCAAAGGGAAAUCAACCACUUCCUGAUUCGCCAGCAAUCAGGACCAAUUUAACAAAUUUCUUGGCGCCAAGUAACGAUGCACUUAGUGCAGUGUCAUCAGAUGAUGAAGUAUUUUCUGAAUGUCAAACAUUCAAUGAAGCAAAUGCAAUGGAAUCUAAUGAUAUGAAUCAAAGUACUAGUUGGGAAAAUGUGGUUUCAUCCGUAACUUCAGGCUGUGCCGAUAGUCUUGAUAAUACACAAGAACAAAUUGAACCAUCGGCAAUCGAUUCACAGUCAGAUUUACUUGCAAAACCAAACACAGUCGAAACUACAGUAACAAGCGCCCUUUGUGAUAGUAUAGAUACAAGUAAUGAGGCUAAUGUCCAAUCAAAUGUCUCUGGAGAUUUGAAAAGUAUAGAUAAUCCAGAGAUGAAAGUCGAUACAACUUGCCCCCAAGACGCAGAUUAUUCUUCACAUACACAAAAUAUUGAAAUUACCAAUGAAAAGUGUGACCCCGAAAAUUCAGGCCCAAAUGUUUUACAAAUACCGCAAAUAAAAAUUGAACCGGGUACCCCUACAUUAUCCCCGCAACGAGAAAAUCUUGAUGGAACUUUUAAUGCUACAGAACAAAAUAUAUUAGAUCCAAUAAAAAAAGAACCGCCAGCGUCUCCAAAAACAGAGCUAAAUACUACUUUCCAAUCGACCCCUAACAAGUCGCCGAAUACCACAGUUGAAAUAAAACAAAGCUCGCCAACACCUACUGAUACUACAUUUGUAGCUAAUUUAAACGAAACGGUAUCGGUAGACAACACCCCAGAAGAUUUCAUUACUAAAGUAAAAAAAGACAAAUGCAAUGAAAAUGAACUGAAGGCAGCUUUUGCAGUUAGUCCAAAAGCGCCUGAACCAAUGGACAUUGAUGACACUUGGUCUGAAGGAGCAAGUACAGUUCUCAAUAGUACUCAAGUCAUUGGAAAGGCCAACACGCCUGCUAAGACAAGUCCAAAAAGACAAGAUGUUUUUAUUGAAAAUUUAAUUACGGAUAAAAUUGAUGUAACAUUCAAGGCACCAACAGGACCAGCACCACAUGCCAACAAUAAGCGCCGCAGUCAAGAAAAGAACGAUAUCGGCGAUGAGGAAUUCUCUUCAAAUGGAAUAAUACUUACUCCGUCGGAUUUUGAUUUCCUCCUAUCGAAAGGUGACAAUAAUGUCACGGCUGAACGGAACUCGCUUUUGUUAAAAUUUGAUCCGCUUCUAGGCCAUUCGGUGCCAGUAAAUCAACAACAACAAUCACAACCGCCACAGAAACAACGAUCUCCUCCGUUCCCGGGCAGUAAUAAGUCGUUGAACAAUACACGAAACUUGUCACAUUUCGAAUCAAGUCUGAAUACAACUCACGAGGAAGGAGAUAUCCAGCCUAACAAUUUCCUACAUGACCAAUUUGUCCUGGAAGCAAGUUGUGAUUCUAGUCGAGGCUCACUGAAUUGCACAGUGCCAGUUGGAGGUGGUGAUGAAUUGUCUUUCCAUUCAGUAAAUGGCUUAGAUAAAACAUUAUCAGGAACAUCAGUUAAUAAAUCGCUAAAUUUCCAUGAGAAUCAAAAACUGUUAAAGGAUCGGAUAAAUAGGAGCCAACCGGAAGAAAAGAAAAGCAAUGCUAAAAUGAGCGUCGACGUUAUUCAAGAUAUGAAAAUUGAAAACGAUACAAAAUGUAUUGAUAAUAUAAAUUCACAAACGGAUGAAAAACAAGAAUACAACAUGGCCGAAUUGGAAAAGAAAAUUAAAAAUGAAACCCUUAAAACAGAAGAUGUGGAGAAGAAACUUAAAGAAGCUGAGCAGCGUGAGGAGGCCUUACUUAAACGGAUAGCGGAGAAGGAUCGAACCAUUUCGAAAAUGAGUGGAGUGUUGGAACAAUACGAGAAAGCUAUUGCGGAGUUAAUAGCAGAGAAGGAGCAAAUAAAGCAAAACUGUGAGAAGCAACUGGCGGAAAUCAAAGCGGAUAGAGAUCUCAACUAUCAACAUUUGACUUCAUUGGAGACCACAUUUUCAGAUUUACAUGCGAAAUAUGAACGCAGCAAACAAGUCGCGGCCACCUUGAAAAGUAACGAAGAGGCUCUUUUAGCAGAGAAAAAGCAAAAUCUUGAGAAUUUAAGGUUACAAGAACAGCGAUAUGACAAAAUGAAAAAUCAUGCCAUGCAGCAAAUUGAAAUUGCUAACAAUAAACUCGAAACACUCGUGAAAAACCAUUCAAUAGAAAUCACAAAACUGAAAGCUCUACUCAAGAAAGAGGAGAUUUCACGACUAUCCAUGAACGAGCAACUCAUACAGAAGACCCGUGAAAACGAGGAACUUAUGAAGAUUUGUGAUGAGCUCAUAAACGGCCAAGGAACUAGUUAGAUUCUCUUUUACAAUAAGAACGCGUCGUUGAAAACAUAAGAGAGGAAAUAGGAGAGAUCGCGAAUGUAUUUUAGAAUCAACUUAUUAAAACCACAGAAAAAUAAAAAUAUUAGUAAAGAAUACAGAUUGAAAAAAAAACUGAAAACUGGAAACAGAUUUGACAAAAUUUUAAUUUCCUUUUCUCAAAGUUUAUGAAACGCGAACGCAGUAACACAGGAUGCUGAGAACAAACAAAUGUGCCGACUCUUGCAGCCACCACAUAGAAACAAGGGGGUAAAUUGCGUUGACAUUUAGUUACAUAUGUAAAUGGCAAUUGUUUUUGUUUAUGAUUGUUUCUGUUAAGGAAAUCGAUGUGUAUAAUCAUAAACGAAGAGAACUGAAACUGUCCAAGAAAAGAUUUUUAUUGUUUCUAUUAAGGGAAAGCGGACAUAGCAGAAGCAGUGCUCCUUGUUCUUCUAGGAAAUCUUAUUCACAUUUCAACUUGAUCUGUACAUUUCUCGCUCAGUAUUCGUUUUUUUUUUACCGCUGGAUGAGAGUAUCGCCCUUAUAUAUUUUUUUAUUCUCAACUUUAAUCAAAAUAGUCCUCCACACUAAACGCGUAUAGACAUGUUCUUCCUCAAAAAGAUAGUCGCAAAAAGAAUAAACCACAAGGCCACGAACCAUAGCCUUGACUAUGUUGGUCAAUCUUAUUUAAUAUCGCCAUUGUUAUUACUUAUUAACUUAUUACAAUUUUUUCUUUAAUCGCUUUGAAAGUAACUCGAAUUAUAAACUUAGAAAAAACGUGAAUUUAUUAUAUUUUUUAUAUUAUGCAUUUACAAUGUCAUCUUGAAUAUCCAUUCCUUUCUCGAAUAAGCAUAGCACAAUAGCAGGGAAGUGGAAAUCAAAAGUUUAAUUAUGAAGCCGCGAUCUAUCGGAGGCAUAGUAACAGCCUUUUCUAUUCAUUACGGAGCUCUUGCUAUUGUUUAGGUCGGCGUAGUAAUAUUCCUAAAUAUUUGAAGAGAUGUGACCCAUUGUAAAAUGCGCGCAUUACAUUAACAUUGCUUUUGUAGUACACAAUGAUACGCAUCUUAGCAAUUGUUCUGUUCUUUAUGUAGUACGUAAAACAGUUUUAUAUUUAAACCAUCCUACAUAUGUUAGAUAACCUUUUUUAAGAUGAAAAAUAUAUAGAAAAAAUGUGUUCUUGUACAUACAGUA